AUGACGAUCCUCUUGUUUGGCCUCUUUGGCCAUAGCAUGGGCUUCUGCGACAACGCUGGCAUCUCCACCAGCGUGCGCAACUUUCCGCAGCACAAAGGCAGCGCGGUGGGGCUCAUGAAGGCCAUGGAGGGGCUCACGGCGGCGGUGGCCAACACGGUGUUCUUCAGCUUUUUGGGGGACAACGACAUGGAGUACUUCCCGCUGGCGAUCGCCUUCACGGGUCUGGCGGUGGGGCUGACGGCAGCGCCCAUCAUCCGCUGGGCCAACGACAUCAGCCAGGAGGAAGAGAAGGUGGUGUCCAGAAAGUUCUCCUUCCUCACCGUGGCACUGCUGGCUUACACCGGCUUUUGUGGGGUCGUCGUCUACCUCAAGGCCUACAGCUGGCCCAUCGCGCUAGUGGCGGCCCUCUUGCCCUUCGGGCUCCUACUCCUUACACGUAGCAGCUCUCGCCAGUCUCUGCACCCGGGAUCCUUACUGGCUCGGAGGGAGGUGGAGCGACCGGACAUUUCUGCUUGGCAAAUGCUGCAGAAGGUCGACUUCUACCUUUUGUUCUUCGCCUUUGUUUCCAUCCAGGGUGCAGGCAUCAUGCUGUCCAACAACUUCAGCCAGAUAGUGAAGGCGGUGUCCGAAGAUGCCUCCGCCUCGAGCGCGGGGUACCUGUCCUUGUUCUCGGUGUUCAACACCUGCGGCCGCAUCUUCAUCGGCUUCGGCUCGGAGUCGGCGAAGGACUGGUUGAACCGGCCCUGGUUUCUGGGCAUCUCUGCGUGCCUCAUGACGCUGGCCUUUGUGCUCCUUCAGCUGGGCGAGGUGAUGCUGGCGCCGGCGGCUGGGCUGGUGGGCUUUGGCCUGGGCGGCAGCUUUGCGCUGCAGGCCGUGGUCAUCGAGGAGAUCUUUGGCCCCAAGGAGAUGCCUGUGAAGUACAGCUGUGUCUUCACAGCCGCCUGCGUGGGCUCUCUGGUCUUGAGCGACCUGCUGGCAGGGUGCCUCUACGACGCCGAGGCCGAGCGACAAGGCGCUGAGAUCGAGGGAUGGCGUCCGUUUCCAGUUUUGGUGUGUCAAGCCCCUUUCCAGUUGCGUGUCAGACGAGAGGUUGAAUUGUGA